AAGACACUGACGUCAACGUGAAAGUAAACCAGAGAGGUCUGGUUCCUGUAUCAUCCCCGCCGCGCCGAGCGCCGGGGAGCGACCCGCGGCCACUCGGCGCAGGAAUCCGGAGCGGGCUCAGGGCUCGGCAGCGGAGCUUGCUCAUCCCGGCCGUGAACAGAUGUCUCUUUCCUGGGCUGAUAGCAGUCAGGUCCACAAGGAAACUUUCUUACCGGCAGCUCCUCUAACAUAGAAGAGAGAUCAGGACAGAGACUGCCGGAAGUCAGCGACCAUGCCGACCUCCUCCACCCAACUGCCAGCCCUUGAUUCUGUCAACUCCACUGAGCAACCUAACUCCAACAUCAACUUGUUCUCCAAGUUCAUCCACUCAGACGAACAACUGUUCACAGAUUUUUAUAGCCUGUGGAUUGUCCUGAUGGUAGUGAAUGCCAUCAUUUUCCUGGUGGGUGUUGUACUGAACAGCUUGGCGCUGUAUGUCUUCUGCUUCCGUACCAAGACAAAAACCACCUCUGUUAUUUACACCAUCAACUUGAUCGUAACUGAUCUUCUGGUGGGCUUUUCCUUGCCUGUCCGGAUCAUCAUGUUCUACAGUGCAGGGGAUUGCAAGAAUUGUUCCUUGGUUCACAUCUUUGGCUACUUUGUCAACAUGUACUGCAGCAUCCUCUUCUUGACGUGCAUCUGCGUUGACCGCUACCUGGCAAUAGUGCAGGUGGAAGCCUCACGUAAAUGGAGGAACCCCACCUGUGCCAAGGGGAUCUGCAUCUUCAUUUGGAUCUUUGCCACUGUGGUGACUUUCUCCAUCCUGACCAUGGCGAUAAAGUUUGCUGAGUGCUGCCUCUCCAAGAUCCUGGUCCUGAUGGUCUGCGAGUACUUCUUCCCCCUCAUCAUAAUCAUCUUCUUCACCACCAGGAUUAUGUGUGCCCUGUCCAAACCCAGCCUCAUGCACCAGAGCAGGGAGAGGAGAAUGAGGGCUGUGCAGCUCCUUAUCACUGUCCUCAUCAUCUUCAUGAUCUGCUUCACUCCUUUCCACGUGCUACAGGUCGCAAUUUCCAUCAACCCAGACAUGCCCCACAACGUCAGUCUCAUCGUCUACAACGUGACAGUGACUCUGAGUAGCCUCAAUAGCUGCAUGGACCCCAUUGUCUAUUGCUUUGUCACCAAUAACUUCCAGUCAACCAUGAAAAACAUCUUCAGGAAAACUGAGCCAGAACAAACUAAUGCAGACAUCCUGGGUAUGAACAAGAACUCCAAGGGCUCCAACGCAAUCAUCGCCUUCUCAAACACAAUAGGAAGCCCUCUGAGCUUGCCACCACCAAGCAGUGUCCAGACAUAACCCACAUCUGAUGGGACACGUUGCAGGAAGCCAGUGCCAUGAUCCUGGAAUAUUGAUAGGAUGCACAAUACUAUAGUUUUUGAACUCUUUGUGUUUUAGGCUGAGGUUCAGACUGACAGUGGUGGAAUUUAUUCCUCAAGAACAUUGUGGUCUGUUUGGAAAUGGAACCUACAAUGCUGUUAGUACCAUACAAAAGACAGUUUAUUAAUUACUGUUCCCAGCAGGGAAGUUUUCUUUGUAUUUUAAUACAGACAUUUUGCUAGCAACAAACUCUUUACUGUGGUUUUCUUUUCAUAUUUGUCAUCAUAAUGCAACACUUCUAGGAUGACUUAGAAAGCAGGAUAGCUCUGGUUUGUAAUUAAAGAUUUUUGUGCCUUGGGCAUAUGCUUAAGAAUAAAGGGUAAAAGGGAUGUUUCCAGAGCUAUCCACUACAAAGAUUUUAGAUGCCAAUGGAAUGGGAAAGAAAGUAUUCUAACCCACAUGUCACUAGUGACUACUCAUUUGUUCCUGAAAAAUCUGGACCUUCUCAGAGAAGAGAUGAAGUCAAGCAGUGAAGUCUCCUCUUGGCUAAAAGAGAAAAAUACAUGUCCAUGUAUAUAUUUUCAUACACAUUGUGUUGGGGAGAGGUUAAGGAUAUGUUCCAGUCUGUAUUUGGAUCACUAAAUCCCCUGAAUUGCAGAUGAGUAUACAAAAAUCUGUGAAAAUGAACACGAGUCCCAGCAAACUCUGCUGCUCUGCUCUGUCUCCCUGAGGAACAGCCAAGAUGAAAACCAGAACCAGAAUAUGAUGCUAUACUACUCUGGUUUGGUUUUUCUUCCUGACAUGUUGUAACAUCAGGGCUUGCUGUCCUAAUUCUCCCAGCAAUCCAUCCACUCACUCACUCAAAACCAAUACUUCAAGCACAAAAAAAGAAUGCAUCUUAGGCAUCUAAGCUGAAAUUCAACCCAGGACAAACUCACUAGGAUGAUUUAAAGAGCAAUGUUUAAAGGCUCUUAAAGGCUUAAAGAGUCUAAGGAUGCUGCAAAACUCUAGCCUUAAUGGUGGGGGAAUGUUUCAGAUGACAUUAUAUCAAUAAAACAAUGCAAAUGCAAAUGCAAAAAAAAAAAUCCUAGGAAAACUGCAAGACCUGUGGCAUGAACAGCAAUAACUGUUGUUGUUCCACAUUUCCUCACUCACAUCUAUGGCCACUCCAUCUGAAGGCUACUAAUAAUUCAUCAAGUCUAGUGGUCAGCUUUUCCUAACACUCACUGGUGUUACCUGUCAGAAGAGCUGGCAUUGGUCCAAGCUAGAGCAUCCUGGAGUACUCUGCUUUCCUGAGAUCUGACUAUGGUACAGCCAUCUCCAUUACUCAGGAACACAACAUAAACAAUGCCUCAAACUGCCUCUUGCAACAGGGUUUGGCAAGAGUUUGCCUCCUGCAAUACAGAUAUGUUUCACCUAACCUGUUUCCCUGACCAAUGCAAUGAGUAUAAAAUUUGAACCAUCAAUAUCACUGCAAUACAGGGAACUGGGUGUUCCAGUACCUGUUCCAGACAGUGGAGUCUGUAAUUGCCAGCAAUUGCCAUUGCCAGGCAUGUGAGCUCUUUCCCAAGCAAUGCAGCUGAGUCAGUGCCCUUCUGCUGAGACCUCUAUUCCUUUGAAGAGGAUUUUCCCUCCAAGAGGUGGUGAUGAGGGCCACCAACACUAUGGCACUAUCCCAUGGGAUGUAAGAUUGUUGUCCUGGUCGUGGUUUCACUUCCCGGGGCCCAAUUGUACCAUGGUUUCCUUCUGCCUCAUUUACUUCUUUAUUCCUGUAAAUCCCUGAUACAGGCACCUCACAGCCAACAUCUGUCAAAUGAUGCAUCAGCAUUCAUGGAUCAGGUUCUGACUUCUCAGCCAGGAUGGCCAUUUCACAUUUCUGCCACCAUUUUCCACCAGUCAUGCCUUUGGAGAAAGUAAUUUUGUGCCUCAGAGGUCUGCACUUCCCUGCAAACUCCCAAUUGCUCAAGCCCACCAACCCACCACACACACUCAGAUCUUUCCAUGCCUCCCAAGCUGCUUGUAAUGAAAAUGUGUAUUAUAUAUAUAGAGCUGUUAACUGCACUGUUUUGCCAAGGCUACUCAGAGAAAUAGGAGAAAAUGUGCAGAGCCUGUGUAUAGCUUAUUUUAGCUUCUUUGUUCCAACAACCCACAGAGUCACAACUCCCUUUUUCUUGCUAUCAACCAUAUUUUUGCCAUAUACAGAAAUGUCUUAACGUCUUUCUCAGUUCAGUUGUUCAUUUGAGGUCAGUAUAAAAUCUCUAAGAUGAAUUGCUUAGAUUUUUAUAAGUUCCUAAACAGUAUCUCAGUCAAAGCUCUGUCUGCUGUAAACUUCACUUGUGGAAGUCUGAAUUCUCCUUACUGUCACUGUAUUAUUCAUUCCCUAUAAAAGCCUCCUGAGACUGGAUAAUUAUUUUUAAUGCCUAUUGCCUUAUCCACAGCUUUCAGUGGUUCUUCUUCAUUUUAUACUAGCUCCAAAACAGAGUCUGGUCCCUUAUCAAGGACACAGUCUCUGAAAAUUGGAAGGAGAUCAAUUUUUUCACAAGCUAACCUACUUUUUGAGCUUUCUAU